AUGGUGUACCGGAGAGUGGUGACGCUCCUGUCGCCGAUAGAGUGCUCGAUCGACGACAUUGGUUCUCGGAUCGUGACGAUGAGGGAGGAGAUGCAGGCCGGGAUUGAUCGCGCGAGCGACACGAGGGGCCUCACCAGGCUCGUCCAGGGGAGCGUGUUGCCGCAGGUGAACGCGGAGCACAACAUCUUGUGGCAGGGCGAGAUGGAGCGAGGCUUCUCCAAGAUGAUGCAGGCGAUGGAGGUGUACCUACAGGAGGGGGAGGGGUGGGAGGACCUCAAGGCUAGCACCAAAAACUACGCCCCAUGA